GGAGCCGUGGCAAAAGAGUCGACUCCCAGGAAAAGAGACGAACCUCCCAUGACUAGUUGGAAGAAGCGCGAUAUUUCCGAUUCGACGCGAAGGCAUCGUUGUGACGUUUCCGUCUCUCCUCGCAGGCUGCACCCGUGGCUAAAGCUAAGAUAAACUAAGCUAAGCUAGUUAGCGAUGUCAGGUGUCGAGGAAACUUCAAAUGACUGCGCAGAACAGCAGGAAGACCAGGAGUUUAACGUAGAGGUUGAUGACCACCUCGAGGAGGAUUAUGGCGACGACCCGACUCGAUACAAGUUUUACAGGGACAGAAAGGAGUGGUCUGACCUGGAGCCUGUCCCUCAGGACGAUGGACCAAAUCCUGUGGUGAAGAUCGCUUACUCUGAAAAGUUCUCAGAUGUUUAUGACUAUUUCCGUGCACUCCUGAAGAAUGAUGAGAGAAGUGAACGGGCUUUCGCUUUGACAGCCGAGGCCAUUGAGCUAAAUGCUGCAAAUUACACAGUCUGGCACUACAGGCGAGUGCUCCUGCAAGCCCUCUCAAAGGACCUGAGGGAGGAGAUGAGGUACAUUACGAACAUCAUCGAGGAGCAGCCCAAAAACUAUCAAGUCUGGCAUCACAGACGUAUGGUGGUAGAGUGGUUGAAUGACCCCUCGGAGGAACUGGAGUUCAUCGCGGACAUUCUCAGCCAGGACGCAAAGAACUACCACGCCUGGCAGCACAGACAGUGGGUCAUCCAGGAGUACAAACUGUGGGAAGGCGAGCUGGACUUUGUGGAGAAUCUUUUGGAAGAAGAUGUGAGGAAUAACUCCGCGUGGAACCAGAGGCAUUUUGUCAUUUCUCACACUACAGGCUUCUCAGAUCCAGCCGUGGUGGAGAGAGAGAUUCAGUAUUGCGUGAACCAGAUCAGGAAGGCUCCUCACAAUGAGAGUGUGUGGAAUUAUUUAAAAGGGAUGCUGCAAGACCGAGGUCUAUCAUCUCAGCCAGGUCUGCUGGAAAAGGUCCUGGAGCUGAAAGAGACACAUUGCUCGUCUUAUCUUCUAGCCUUUCUGUUUGACUGCUACGAAGACGCCUUAGAGAACAAUGCGCAAAAGGAAACGGUGAAUGAAGAGGAACAAAAGGAAACCCUAAGAAAGGCUCUUGAAAUUUGUGACCAUCUGGCACGAGAGAAGGACACCGUUCGUAAGGAGUACUGGCAGUUUUUGGGACGUUCUUUAAAGAGCAAACACGGAAGCAGUGACGAACCUGUGGCAGACAAUCCAGAGCAGUCGGUCCCCGCGUCCGCCCCGCAGGAGGUCAGCUAGACCGUUUCCUCUCCCCGUCCUGCUUCAUCGUGUCAUCACGGAGGUUGAUAUUACUGUAAAUUGCGGAAGAAGUUUAAAAAAAUCUCAACACACCAAGAAGAAUGCACUGCGUUUGAAAGCCCCCCCCCCUCUAACUAAUGUGUCAUUAUGUUUGCUAAGAUGGAGAAGUGGAUUUCAUGUUAAUUAUUUCUCACCUUAAUUAAAACUUAAAUAACCCCCAGAUAAGUUUUUGUCUUCGAUCUGGAAAUCAUUGAGCCGUUUUAACCUCACCUUUAGUUUUAUGAGACUGUCUGCAGUUCUUGUGCUUUGAAUCUGACUGUGUAAUUAUUAUUGUUUUACUCCUCUGAACUUUCCUCACCUGUGUCAGCGUGUUUGCAAGCACCGUCAAUAACCAAUUUAUAGUUCUGAGUAUUUGGAGGCCGUUAAUGAUCAGAGUAAAACAAUAUGAACUGGACCGCUUUGAAAUAUUUAGUUUCUAUCACACGUUAAAUAAUGUAGCCUGAGUUGAUUGACUCGAUGCAUUUUGGCGACGUAAAGUGUCUCUAAAGCUCAGGACACACAAAACUGAUGCCAGAGAAGCAUCUCGUCAAAUCAUCUGCGUUGAGACGACGUAUGUUCUGCACCUGCAUGACAGGAAAUAUGUCUACGCACCAGCAGGUGGCAGUAGUCUGUAGUUGUUACCCAGAACUGGAAACUGUAAGAGUCACUGUUGAAGAGAGCAACGCGUUGCACACUUCUCCUGAAUCAUGCUGAUUUUUUAUUUUUUUUUCCCCCCGUGUGUGUGAGACAUCCAUGAGUUAUUGUUUGUUCACUUUCACAAGUUCCAUUUAUUUAUUUUUUUUUCUGUUGUUGCUAAGAUCAGUCACCGACACCCUCCAAUGCAGACUCUGCUAAAAAGCUGGUAACAGGUCAGACUAGUGCCAGUGGUGCAGGACACCACCACAACUAGCCUGACUACGUGCUCAGUGUAUCACAGGCCCACGGGAUGUCAUAUUUUUUGAAUUUUACUCCCCAGAGAUCCAAACAGUGUGACCUGUCAUCAGCUGCACCUGCUCUCAAUGGCAAAAAGAUAAAUGUGAUGGAACGGUUUAUGUAACUUCAUCAAUUUGUCAUCAUUUUGUUAAUUCAUUUGUAAAAAAAAAAACCUUUAACUCCCAAUAAGACUUGAAUUGGAUUCUUGUUUGCAUGCAGACAUGCUUUUAACAUACAUCUAUGAAAAUGUUUUGAUCGUUUGGUUGCAUUUGUCGGACUUACUUGUGUUUUUUUUAGAAGCAUCGCUAAAAUAAUUUUGUAGUAACAUGACGUUUGUUUGUAAAACUUUUUUUUUUUUUUUGUCAGUUAAAAUAAAGCAGGUGAGAAACUAAA